AUGGCUUUUGUCAACGCGAAGAACAAGGUGCCCGAGUACCAGCGCUUCUACCAGGCGCAAUACCGGAACCACGUGCGCCUCUGGAAGAUCCACCCCAGGAGCAAGUUCCUGCUCACCCCCUUCCUCAUCGCCAUGUGGGGAACCUUCGGCCUGAGCAUGUGGGGUCUUGGUCGGAAGGCUGCGGGCUACAACUCCUACUGGGGCAAGGAGUAG